AUGGCCACCCAAAAAACAGUCCUAAUCACAGGUUGCACUGCAGGCGGAAUCGGACACUCCCUCGCCCUCGAUUUUCAUGCUCGCGGCUAUCUCGUUAUUGCCAGCGCUCGCUCGGCGACUAAGAUAACAGAUUUGGCGGAAUAUGGUAUGAGAACAUUGAGUCUAGAUGUUACGGAUGGGAAGAGUAUUGAGGAAGCCAAGAGGGAAAUCGAGGGAUGGAUUGAGAAUGGGGAGAUUGGGGGAUUGGAUGUGCUGGUUAAUAAUGCGGGGAGAAAUUGCACGCUCCCUGCUUUGGAUGUAGAUUUGGACGAUGCGCGCCAUUGUUUUGAGACGAAUGUUUUUGGGGUCAUGGCUAUGUGCCAGGCUUUUGUACCUCUAUUGAUUAAACGCAAGGGACUCAUUGUCAAUAUUGGAAGCUUAGCAGCUAUCCUCCCCUACGUCUUCGGCAGCGUCUACAACGCCUCCAAAGCCGCCUUGCACGCUUAUUCCCGCACUCUCCGUCUCGAACUCGCUCCCUAUUCCGUGCGCGUAAUGGUCGUUGUAACAGGUGGCGUACAAUCCAAUAUCGCGCGCACACCCCGCACACUUCCCCCCUCAUCCCUCUACCUCGAAAUCGAAGAUGAAUUCCAGACCCGAGUAAAACAUAGUCAGAGUGGAAACGCGAUGCCCAAUAUGGAGUAUGCAAAGGGAGUGGUAGAUGCGGUUGUGAAAGGGGGGCAGAGAACGCUUUGGAGGGGUAAUAAGACGUGGAUUGUUUGGUUUGCGAGAAAUUGGAUUGGCAGUUGGUUUUUUGAUUUGGUGCUUCCGGGAAUGUUUGGGUUGAGGAGGUUGGAGGGGCUGAUUAGAAGGAGGGAGAGGGGUGAGGAGGGGAAGAAAUCGUUGUAG